GAAGAGCAACUUGGCAGGUCGCAGCGGCGUCGGCAUCAUCGGCAGCAGCAUCAUCGUCAUCAUCGGCAACAGUGGAUACAUCAGCAGCAGUAGCAACAGUGGAUACUUCAGCAGCAGCAGACACAGCAGCAGCAGACACAGCAGCAGCAGACACAGCAGCAGCAGACACAGCAGCAGCAGACACAGCAGCAGCAGACACAGCAGCAGCAGACACAGCAGCAGCAGACACAGCAGCAGCAGAAACCACCACCACAGCAGCAGACACAUCAGACAUCAUCAGCAACAGCAGAAACCACCACCACAGCAGCAGAUACACCCGUAGCAGAAACAACCGCAGUUGAUACGACAGAAGCAGCAGAAACAGCCUCAGCAACAGAAUCAACAGCAGCGGCGAAAACAUACAGCAACAGGAACAGUCGAGGGUAAGAAACAGGAAGAACAUCAGCUAUAAUUGCCGCUAUAAAAAAAAAAACACUCCCGACACGAAAACAUCAAAAAACCACAACUUCAGCAAACGCAGGCGGCAAUAAAAAGCAGCGGCGACAACAGCAGCAGCAACAACAAGACCAGCAAGACGAAGAACAGGGGGGCAAUAACAGCAACAGCAAGACCAGCAAGACGAAGAACACGGGGGCAAUAACAGCAGCAGCAAGACCAGCAAGACGAAGAACACGGGGGCAAUAACAGCAGCAGCAAGACCAGCAAGACGAAGAACACGGGGGCAAUAACAGCAGCAGCAAGACCAGCAAGACGAAGAACAGGGGGGCAAUAACAGCAGCAGCAAGACCAGCAAGACGAAGAACAGGGGGGCAUUAGCAGCAAGACCAAGCAGCAUCAGUUGACUUCCAGGUCUCACUGGGGGGUGGCCCAGGUCUCGUGUCGUUCCAGUUGCAACUCCCCGACUUCCCAGCUCUGCCCGGACCCCCCCUCUCCUAGUGCCCGAGAGGCUCCCAGCUCAGCCAGGGACCCCCCCCCCUCUCCUUGUGCCCCUAGAGUAUCCCAGCUCUGCCAGGGACCCCCCCUCUCCUAGUGCCCCUAGAGUCUCCCAGCUCUGCCAGGGACCCCCCCUCUCCUAGUGCCCUAAAGGCUCCCAGCUCUGCCAGGGACCCCCCCCCCCCUCUCCUAGUGCCCUAGAGGCUCCCAGCUCCGCCAGGGACCCCCCCCCGUACCCCCAUCCCCACCGUACCCCCAUCCCCACCGUACCCCCAUCCCCACCGUACCCCCCCCCCCAACCGUAGUACCCCAUGGCCACGUCGCAGCCGGCAGCAGCCGGAGACCUCCGACCUCGCGGCGAUGUCGGCUCGAGUCGGGGUCCCGCCGGCGGCUGGAGGCAGCACGUGUGGCGGGGAUGCUGCCUGGGCAUGGCGGGCUUCUUCGGGCUCGCGGCGUACGUGCAGAAAAACGACCCAGAUGCGAGCCUGUGGACGGUAGCGUAUCUAUUCCCAGCUGCCCUCAGCCUUGUGGUGGCGGUGUCGCCUUCAGUUGCAGGCAACCACGUGUGGAAGAGCGUCGUGCACAUGCACGUGGCCGCGUGCCUCUUCGGAGCGUGCCUCCUCGCCGCCGUGGCGCACAGGUCUGGCAAGCGCAUGCACGUGCUGGAGGCGGAGGAGGGCAGGGAGAUCGGAGGGCUCCUCCUCGUCGUCUUUUGGAUGAUUCUCUGCCGCAACUCCCAUGAGCCACACGGAGCGACGCUGCGGGCUGGUCUCGGCCUGGUGCUUGUGGCCAUACCCUCCCUCGCCUGGAUCUACACGUCCUUCAACGCCAGAAUCAUGGCCGCCAAUCCCGAGCACUGCAAGAACUCGCUGUGACGCAGUCGCCACAGCGAUAUCGCCCACUUCGGAGCGCGAAUUUCGGACUGGGUCGACCCGACAGCCAAGAGACUCCAGCUCACGUGGACCAAUCGCGAUUAAGCGAGCGCGGUGACCGAGCAGGAAAAUUAGGCCGUGGCAAGUGCAGCCGGGUAGGCCAUUCAGCCAUCUCCAAUCAAAGCACGGUUUCUGCAGUGGAAAAAGCGGGGGGUUAUCGUAAUGAACGUGAGAAACAUUAAUCGAUCAGCCACACGACCGUGCACCAUUUCAGCAGUGGAAUUUAAUUUGGAAUUCAAAAGGCAAUUUACAGAUUUUGAGAAAAUAAGAGAGAUAUACAGUGUGUAAGAAAGAUCCCAGUGCGCGAUUCCAUCGGGAGGCCCUUCAAAGAACCGUGGUCUAAUAAAACCCACUCUGCACCCUCCCUGCAUCCCCAGUGUGUGCGCGCGCGUGUGUAUAUACAUUGCCAUGUGUGCGCAUAUCUGUGCAUGCACAAAGGGCCAAAGGUAACAACGGUACAUUUACAAGC